UCGUCGACUCAAACUACAUCCGGUCUCACUUCCGGCUAGCACAGUGGCAAUGACAGCAGUUGUAAGCACUUGAGCAACACGCGUGUUAACAGUUUUACUGCACUCAUUGCUCCCUAAAUGUAGCCCAAUGCUCGCCAGCCGCUGGUUGCGACUGUGCUCUCUGUGUAGCCGCGUGCUUUACAGCAGCAGAGGAAGAGGAGCAGCAUGGGGGACACGAACAGGACAUGCUAACAUCACACAGGUGCAACACUGCUGGGGUACGGCAGCACCCAGACGCCUCUGUCACAGGGGUUUUGGGGACCUGUACCAGACUGAGUCAGUUCAGAGGUAUGUUGAGCAGUUAAUGGAGGAGUACAGAGACCUCAGCAAGAAGUUACAGCAUGCUUACCUCAGCGAGUCAGACAGGAAAGUGCUGAUGAAGAAACAGACAGAGCUGCUGCCCCUGGCAAAUGUGUUUGAGAGGGCUGAACAAGCCAUGAAAGACCUGGAGGAAGUCCGUUCACUCCUGCAUAGUUCAGCCGGUACCAAAGAUGAAGAUGAACAAUUGACCCAGCUGUUAAAAGAAGAGGAAGCUCAGAUCUCCUCUGAGAUUUUGGCCUUAAGAAAAGAUCUGAUCAAAGCCCUUGUGCCUGCCGACCCUCUGGACUCCAGUAACAUUCUGCUGGAGGUUGUUUCAGGACGAACAACAGGAGGUGACAUCUGUCAGCAGUUCACCAGAGAAAUGUUUGACAUGUACCAGGGUUUUGCGUAUUACAAGAAUUGGGACUUUGAGGUUUUGAACUACACACCUGCUGAGUAUGGUGGUCUGCAUCAUGCAGCAGUGAGAAUAGCCGGGGAGAAUGUGUACAGACAUCUGAAGCAUGAUGGAGGAACACACCGGGUGCAAAGGAUCCCUGAGGUGGGCCUCUCCUCCAGGAUGCAGCGUAUCCACACGGGAACUAUGACUGUCAUCAUCCUGCCUCAGCCAGUGGAGUUUGAAGUCAGCAUCGAUCCAAAGGACCUCCGCAUCGACACAUUCAGGUCUCGAGGUCCUGGGGGCCAAAGUGUCAACACAACAGACAGCGCAGUGCGCAUUGUUCAUCUUCCCACAGGUAUAACAGCCGAGUGUCAGCAGACUCGCUCUCAGCUGCAGAACAGAGACACCGCCAUGCGUGUGCUGAGGGCCCGGCUCUACCAGAGCAUGAUGGGUAGAGAGACUGAGCAGAGGCACACAGCAAGGAAGCAGCAGGUGGGCACACGUUCUCAGUCAGAGAGGAUUCGUACCUACAACUUCAGCCAGGAUCGCGUCACAGACCACAGGACUGGAUAUACUACUAGAGACAUAAAGGAGUUCAUGAGAGGAGGGGAGGCUCUCCAGGAUCUGAUCUCGGACGUACUUGAACACGCAGAGAGGGAGGCUCUCCUGGAGCUGGUGGAGAGCAGCUGUAGUCUGAAACCACCGGAGUCUGGACAGUCUGCAGACUGACACCCACCACAGCUUCCUGCCAAGUGAUUCAGUGGAUGCAUUUCUCCAACACUCAUUGCAGCUCUGUGACUGCAAACCAGGGCUCAGAUAUAUAUUAUUUCAGUAUGAAUGUAUGCUUGUGCAGCAGUCAGAUUGAAAACUCACUCAUAUUUAAGAGGUUUUUAUUUUUGUAAUAAAAUAUUAAAUUAUGUAUUUUGUGUCAUGGCAAUUCCCUAAAUGCAACAGCCUUAUAAAUGAGUAGUAAAUAGUAUAAAUAAGCAACACUUGAAACUGUUUCAGGAUAAACUCAUUGCAUUUUUUAAAAAAUUGAGCUAUUACACACUAUUGUAAAGUAAAAGCUGCACAAAUUUACUGAAAAAUGUUGAUAUAAUAUACAUAUAAUUGCAUAUUGCUGAAGCCAAAGAUAUUUAAAUGUCAAUUUUUCUCAAUAUACUUAUGGCAUAUGUGCAACAAGUGAGAUUUGGUUGUCCAAAUUCUAAUCUAACGUUUUUCUUAAUGAGCAUGAGGCUGGAACUUCUACUACACCCUGGGAAAAAACUGACUUCUUACAUUGAAUGUAAACACACAUCAGUCGUGUUUAUUAUCCGCAAAUAUCCUGAAUGGUUCUUUGCCAAUCAGGGUGCGGUGAAACCACCUAUCAGCUUUAUACACACACUCCCAGCAAAACCACGUCACACCCUGCGUGUGUUUGCCAGCUGACCUGCAGCCUCCAGUUUUUUUCUGUACCUGUUUGACAUC